CGGUGAUCGUGUGUAGUUUAAACGUGAUCAAGAUCAUGAUCGAACCUCGAAUGAAAUACAUAACGCUAGGUUUAGUGCUGAUUGUCAGCAUUCUAGCACACCCGGGCGACCGGAUCCCUAACCAUCCGAAUUGUCCCGAGCACGAGGGACCAAGGCCGGUAUAUUUUGUGCAUCCAACGAACUGCAGCAGAUUCUACGAGUGCAAACAGAAAGAUGCUUGGGAGUUCGAGUGUGCGCGGGGAUUGCAUUUCAACAGCAAAAUCGAUGUGUGUGAUUAUCCUGCAAAUGCUCAGUGCGAGCCUCAGUCAUCGGGUACCACAACGAACCCUCCCACAACAUCGCUAGUGACCAGUACGACGACCACGCCUAACACAACACCAACAACUCCUGAGACUGUUCCUACGAAUCCUCCAACAACACCAACUUCUGCUCCUCCACCGACGGUUGUUACUACUACAACUACAACUCCUUAUCCAACGCCGGAUCUUCCUUCAACACCAACUUCUUAUACAACGCCGGAUGAUUCCACAACAACUCCUAAUCCUACACCGAAUACCCCAACAACGGCAACGCCGGAUGAUUCCACAACAACUCCCAAUCCGGCGUCGGAUGCUACUACCACCUAUCGUCCACCACAAUCGGAAGUGACACCAAUGCCAAACUGUCCACCAUUUGGCGCCACACAACCAAACUACUGGGCAGAUCACUCCGACUGCUCCAGGUAUCUGGGCUGCCUGGAAAACUGCGUCCAAAACUUCCAAUGUCCGGGCGGGUUAUACUGGAACGAUGUACAAAAGCAGUGUGAUAUUUAUGGCAACUCACCAUGCUGCCCAGUAAUCCCACCGGCACCGAAUGUGUGGCCAGCUACUACUACUACUUCUAUUUAUCCUAAUUUUAGAGGUUAGAAACCUUCGACUAACAUUUGAUGAAAUUUUCAAAGUGGUUUUACUUCCGUACUAAAGGAGUAAUACAUUGUUUAAUUAUGAUUAUGAAUCAAAAACCUCGAUUUAGCGAUUAUUCAUUGUCAAAGCGAAAUUUUUCAGAAAAAAAUUGUAUUGUCAGUCAACUUUAAAAUAAAUACUAAAUUAGAGCUUCUGUAUGUCAGCAUUUACCGAUUGCGGCCGGUUCUAUAGACCUCAAAAACCUAUAUUGCAGUCAG